UAGGGGGUAUAAAUGUGUGUGUGUGCGAAUGCGUGUGCGUCUGAAGGGUUUCGGACUGGAGAUGCAUAAAGAAAGGGCAGUUUCGAGGAAGUGACGGACGACGCUCAGUGGUCUGGUCAGAGGAAGUUUGUUCGAUGCGCCGUGCUGUUGAAAGAAACUUUUCACUCCAGUGAGCGCCAGAAGCACCCGUGGAUCGGGUCGGACGGAUCCGGCGGCGGAGGGAGCUUUUGUUUCCCCUUCACACUUAGCAGCACUGAGAAAUAACUUGAGGUCGGGAGAAAGAGGGGCUCGCACAGGAAUUUCACUCCCAUAACCGACCCCCCUCCCCUUUUUCCUUCUUUUCCCCGCGCCUCCUUUGAUUUCUUUCUGGGAUCCGCGAUGGGAAAGGAGCAGGAGCUUCUUGAAGCGGCGCGCACGGGAAACCUGGCUGCCGUGGAGAAGCUUUUAUCCGGGAAGCGACAGUCCGCUGGCGGAUCGUCUGGGACCGGUGGAAGCGGCAACAGCGGUGGCCACGGCGCCUCCUCUCAUCCGCUCUCCAGUCUGCUCAGUAUCUGGAGAGGCCCCAAUGUGAAUUGCGUGGACAGCACUGGAUACACCCCUCUUCACCACGCAGCCCUUAAUGGACACAGCGAGGUGGUGGAGGUGCUGCUAAGAAACGAGGCUCUGACUAACAUCGCAGACAACAAGGGCUGCUAUCCUCUCCAUCUGGCUGCGUGGAAGGGAGACGAGCAUAUCGUAAAGCUUCUCAUUCACCAAGGACCUUCACACCCCAAACUCAACGAGCAGAGCUCUGUAGACCAUAAAGAGUUCAAACGCUGUGGGCCCUUUGACCCCUAUAUUAAUGCCAAGAACAAUGACAACGAGACACCGCUGCACUGUGCCGCCCAGUACGGCCACUCUCGGGUGGUGCGGCUGCUGCUGGAGGAACUCACUGAUCCCACCAUGAGGAAUAACAAGUUUGAGACUCCGCUGGACCUGGCAGCACUGUACGGCCGCCUGGAGGUUGUCAAACUGCUGCUCAGUGCCCAUCCUAAUCUGCUCAGCUGCAACACCAAGAAACACACACCACUACACCUGGCCUCUCGCAACGGACACCUACCCGUAGUGGAGGUGUUACUAGAUGCUGGAAUGGACAUUAACUAUGAGACAGAGAAAGGCAGUGCACUCCACGAAGCCGCUCUGUUUGGGAAGACUGAUGUGGUGCAGAAGCUUCUCUGUGCAGGGAUCGACGUGAACAUUGUCGACCAGAAGGGCCUGACAGCGCUGGACAUUGUCAAGGACAUGCCCUCUAAGAAAAGCAAACAGAUAGCUGCCCUGAUCCUUGGUCAUAUGACUGGAAAACCCCCUGAUAUUGACCUUCCCCCUCCACCAGUGCCUCCACCUCAGGAGAGCCCAAGCCCACGGAAAAAGGGUGACCUGGAGAAAGUCUGUGAGCUAAUCUCGGGGCUGGCCCUGGGGCCCGAGGAGGAGAGCCCUUAUGAAGCUCUGUUUGAGGCCACUUCUUGCCACUCUUUAGACAGCCUCACCAGUGGGAAGUCCUCUGACAGAGACUCGGGAAGGCCUGAUAGUGAAGCUGGAAAGAAAGAUCGCCUGGUUCUCUCGUCACAUCCUGGACCUGGUAAUGAAGAGGAGGUAAGCUCAGAGGCCCUGUAUACUAGCAGCAGUGCUGAUGAGAAAAGGGAGCCAGCGGAGGAGGAGGAUCACACAUAUGAGUUGUUGCUGACUGCAGAGACAAAAAUCCCACCACCACCUAGCCAUGAGCCCCACUCAUAUAAAGAUGACAAUACCACUAUACAGUCUUCCAACAGUGUCCUACCUCAGCAUAAACCUUCUGCCCCAAACAACCUUAGAGCCCCAAGUAAGACGAAAGACACCUUGCACCCUCCAGGAAGAGUGGGCCCAGGGGUGCCGGGAGAUAACUCACAGCUCGGCCAGGACCAGGAAGCAGGUGUACCAGAGCAGUUCACAGGCCUCCUACACGGAUCUUCUCCUGUCUUUGAGAGCCGUGAGGAGUCCUUCCGGCUUCCAGGUGUUCUGCCACCCAAUCAAGACCAGCCAGAAACAAAAAAGAGGGCCAAAGCUAAAGAGGGAGUAACGGCAGCUGCGCCGCCACCUAGCCGUCCUAGCAUGGCCGCCAUCCUGACAGACUGUGAUCCAAAAGCAAUUUAUGCUACUGUGAACAAGGAACCCAGGGACUCUGUGGCUGGUGCUGUAUCUGCUGUCAAGAUGCGCCCUCCUGGGGACCUGAAGCUGGCACGCAGCCUGUCCAAGUCUGACUCAGACUUGCUCGUGUCGCCUCCUAAUGAAGAGGAAGGAGGAUUGGGAAACCGUAGCGAGUCUGUUUCUAACUGUAGCAUGGCUAAGAAGAGACUUGAGAAAUCUCCCUCUUUCACCUCAGAAUGGGAUGAGCAGACACCGGCGACUUCUGACUCCCCAAAACAAAGAAGAUCUAAUUCCUCCGACAGCAUCGAGAAGAUGAUGACUAUGAUUGGUGCAGGCAUUGAUUUUUCCAGAGAUCAGCAAUACGCUACACCAGCAGGUGCUGCAGGCCGACUGCUGGACCAGCCCGUGGGAGACUGGCUGGAGCAUGUGGGUCUGCCGCAGUACGAGAGCAAACUACUCCUGAAUGGAUUCGACGACCUUCACUACAUGGGGAGCAAUGUAAUGGAGGACCAGGACUUGAGAGAGAUUGGAAUCGCAGAUCCGAGCCACAGAAAGAAGAUCCUGCACGCAGCACGUUCCUUUCCAAAGGUGAAAGCGCUCAGCUGUGACGGCAGCAACUCCCUGUCCUCCUGGCUGGAGAAUCUGGGCCUGCAUGAGUACUUGCAAAACUUCCUGUCCAGCGGCUACCGCACUCUGGACUGCGUCAGAAACCUGUGGGAGCUGGAGAUUGUCAAUGUGCUAAAAAUUAGCCUACUUGGUCACAGGAAACGCAUCAUCGCUUCCUUAGCGGAGAGGCCUUAUGAAGAGCCUCCUGUCAAACCUCCUCGUUUGUCUCAGAUCAGGUGCCAAGACCUGCCUGGAUCCCAGACUUCAUCUCCCAUGAGUCAGAUGGAGCCCUACACAGGACGCUCAAUGGACCCUCUGCUGCCUGCAGGCGAGCCAGGGAGGAAAAAAGCACAAGAAAACGACUAUGACGUUACCCAAAGAUAUCGCAGCGAACGACACAGGCCUCCUGAGCGACAUGAAGACUGGCAACGAGAGCCCCGCCUGACCUUGCGGCCACCUAGUCUAGCAGCACCGUACGCCCCGGUUCAGAACUGGCAUCACCAACCAGAGAAACUCAUCUUUGAAUCCUGCGCUUAUGAAGCUAGUUAUCUUGGUUCCAUGCUUAUUAAGGAACUAAGGGGCACUGAGUCCACGCAGGAUGCUUGUGCCAAAAUGCGGAGGUCAACAGAGCAAAUGAGAAAAGUCCCGACUAUCGUCCUCUCAAUCACAUACAAGGGUGUGAAGUUUAUCGACGCAGCCAACAAGAACAUCAUUGCAGAGCACGAGAUCCGUAACAUUUCUUGUGCAGCCCAGGACCCAGAGGACUUGUGCACAUUUGCCUACAUCACUAAGGACCUGCAGACCAGCCACCAUUACUGCCAUGUCUUCAGCACAGUAGAUGUGAACCUGACCUAUGAGAUUAUACUGACACUGGGCCAGGCGUUUGAGGUAGCAUAUCAGCUGGCUCUGCAGGCCCAGAGGACCAAACCGCACCAGAGCGUCCCAGCUGGAUCUGGAUCAGAGGUCAUUGAGACCAAGUCCAGCAAACCUGUGCCCAAACCACGAGGCAGCAUACGCAAAACAGCGGGGGACAUCGUGGACCAGGAAGGCGAUUCUCAGUCCCAGGGUAGUGCCACGUGGCUCAUGGACCCCAAGGAAUCCAAGCGCACUAUCAGCACUAAGCGACGGCCGCUCUGAGGCUUUUCACUCUGACGUUCCAACUCCUGACUUCACCGAGUGCUGAGAAAACUGAUUUUUACCACAGCCAAGAGUGACCCACUGCACACAUCCUGUACCUGGAUGGACACGUUUCCUGAGGAAACUGUGAAACUGAUCCUCUGACACUGUGGCCAAUCCCAGACAGUGAGAAAAGGACAGGAAUGAGCCCUGUUGAGUGGUGGGUAGGAUGUUUUGCUGGAUCAUUGCCCCACUUCUCACCGAGCAGAUCACAUCAGCAGUCGGAUUGUGCCCACAGUUACACACAGGCCUGGAGAAUAAGACGGAUGUAAACCUUUCGCCAACGCAACACGCUCCCCCGGUUCAUCAGACUUCUCCAACUUCAUCACCCUGCACGCACGCACGCACGCACCCGCCUCCAUUUAACUUCUCGAUGCUUGGAAAAGUGAUGGUUGUUCCGUGCGACAUUAGAGACGGAUGUGUUUGUUGUGUUGCGUGCAUUUCCUCCGAAAUGAACCAUCACGUCCCUCACUGAGAGUUGGUGUUUAUCGUUUCAGGAAAUGUACCUGCCGUUUUCAAAGCAGAACUUGUAGUUAAAGGGGAAGUUGCUGCAGAGAUGAGGAACAUUCACUUUUUAUUAUGAAACAAACUGUCAGACGAGAGACCUCACACUGUAGGUACACACUUCUUCCUGGGUUGUUUGUCCUGUAUCCAAACAUUUUAGCUGCUUUCAUCACCAUCAGCUUACAUACAUGUGUAACUGUGAUAAAACAAUGUAAUCUUGCAUGGGAGGAGCUCUCUUACCAAACUCAAGGGGCAAAGAAACUGACACUAAAAGACUGUUUUAUAUUGAAAUAAUGGGGGAUGGCGUUUAUUUUACUUUUUGCAUGUGUAUGCGCGCGUGUGUGUGUGUGUGUGUGGGUGUGUGGGCGUUUACUUUUUUUUUAUAGGACUAUGAUUUGUCCUAAUGCUGGAACUGGAUCAGGUGUGGUUCUUUCUCUCCUUCCCUGCCCCUUUGUUCAGUUAAUCUCGACAAGAUUAUUCACCAAACCUGCCAUGCAGGCUGGUACGACUCUAGAUUUAUAGCUGCAGACAAGAACAAUAGGGCACGGCAUGUUUCUCUAGCUAACUCCUAAUAUGUUGACUGUUAAUGGUACUGUUUGGUCCACCAAUCUGUAUAUGGGUGCAUAGUCGGCUCAUUUUGAUUUAACUCUUGUAUAUGUGGUACAUUUUUAUCCGGCCAGUACGAUAACUCUAUGGCACACUGUCUUCAGCGCGCUGGUGUCAGCACCUUUAGCCAUCAGCCUGGUCCUGCUCUGCUUUUGCACAUUGCUGAGGAUCAGGAAAGAUAUUUUGGGACUAAUCUGAUGACAACAAUGAUGAGAAUGAUAUUGUACAUGAAUCUAGCGGUCUGUAUUUUGAUACUUGAAUGAUUUUUGUUUUUAUAGAUAUCUAUAUAUAUAUAUGUAUGUAUAUGUAUGUAUGUACGUAUGUAAUUUUUGACACUUGUCAAAAAAGAGAAAAGGACUAUGUCUUAUAAAGUUAAACAUAUCGUGAAUAAAUACCCUGUGAUUUAAAAAAAAAAAAAAAAAGAAGGCUGAGAACAUGACUCAGAAGAGGGACCUCACUUCAGAGAAAAAGAUUGUAAAUAAUCUUGGGCUUCCAGUCUUUUUUAUGAUUAUUUUUCAUAAUUGUACAACUAAUAAAUGGUACAGUUAGAA